AUGAAUGAACUGAUUCUACAAGUGUUGACCUUCAUCAUUUCCCUGUUUGGACUGGCAGGAAAUGCAUCUGUGCUCUGGUUCUUGGGUUUCCGCAUGCACAGAAAUGCCUUUUACAUCUACAUCCUAAACCUGGCUGCUGCUGACUCCCUCCUUCUCUGCCUCUAUAUUACUAUUUGCCUGAUAGAAUUCAUCCUUCACAUUAACAUUUUUACAAAUGGCUUCAUACAAAUGGGAGUAUUCAUUUUCUACAUUGCAGGCCUGAGCAUGCUCAGCGCUAUCAGCACUGAGCGCUGCCUGUCAGUCCUGUGGCCCAUUUGGUACCACUGCCAUCGCCCAAGACACACAUCAGCGACCGUGUGUGCCCUGCUCUGGGCUUUGUCCAUGUUUCUGAGCAUCCUGGACUGGGCCUCUUAUUAUCAUCUCAAUACAACUGAAAAGCAUUAUAAAAAAGUUGAUCUUACUAUAAUAGCAUGGCUGGUUUUUUUAUUUGUGGUUCUCUCAGGGUCCAGCCUGACCUUGCUGGGUAAGAUGCUCUGUGGAUCCCAGAGGAAGCCUCUGACCAGGCUGUAUAUUACCAUUCUGCUCACAGUGUUGGUCUUCUUCUUCUGUGGUUUGCCCUUUGGAAUUUAUUUGUUCUCGUUAGAAUGGAUUCUAAAUUUUUCCCAGGUACAUUUUUACCUUUAUAUGGUUGUAAUUAUCUUGUCCUGUGUUAACAGCUCUGCCAACCCCAUCAUUUACUUCUUCGUUGGCUCCUUUAGGCAGAGGUUGUGGGGGCAGAACCUCAAGCUGGUGCUUGAGCGGGCUCUGCAGGACACUCCUGAGGAAGAUGAAGGUGGAGGUAGCCUUUCUCAGGGAACCCUGGAGAUGUCAGGCAGCAGAGUGGAGCAGGGGUGA